AUGGCUGCCAACUUCCGUUUCAAACGAUGUCGAAUCGCGAAUUAAUUCGUUGCAGGAUAAUAAAUUUCCAGGAUUUUUUUUCAUCGCAGCAUAUAACUUUCCUCCUUUGAAGGAGAGAGAGAAGAGAGCAGCUCGGAAGUGCAGAAAGUGCGGAACGAACGGAUUCGAUUACAUUCAUCUGUCACAGUGUACUGUCAACCUGUCAACUUCGCGUCAGCCUCGAGAGUGACUCCAGGCUUUUUCGAAUUAAAAAGAUGUGACGGUGUUUUUUUUUUUUUUACUGCAAAAUGGAAAGAGUUCUCGAGGAACGUCUGAGGGAAGCGGUCUGCGUGGGUGACACCGACGCCGUCCAGGAGCUCGUCAAUUUAGGUGUCGACGUCAACGCGCGACAUUCUGUCAAUGGAUGGACCGCUUUACACUGGGCAUGUAAGCAAGGAUACUUGGAUGUCGCUGCCUUACUUCUAAAAAAUGGUGCUGAUAAGAAUCUGCGAUCCGAGUUGGGUGAAACUCCAGCAUCUGUAUGCAGCAACCAACAAAUUUUGUAUCUUCUGGGUAUAAGUGGCGAUAAUCAACGAAUUAUGAACGAAUCGUCAUUACACACUGUUACAUCUGCAUAUAAUCAGCCAGAUUUUUUGCAUACUGCUGCGAAUCUCUCGAAAACCAGAAAUAAUGUAUACACGAACGAAAGCAGAUUCAUUGGGAUGUCUCAAGAUGAAUUGGUAUUGAAAAUUCGAGUGGCCAAUACAGCGGAUCCGGAUUUCGUGGAGGUGGAGUUGCCACGGAACGAUCUGACAUAUCAAGCUCUGUUGUAUUUAUGUUGUAAGGAACUAGAUCUCAAUCCACAUCAGAUUCAGAAGCUACGAAAGUUGCCCAACACCAGAUUGAGGAAAGAUAAAGACACAAGACUUGAAAACUUUCAAGAGAUCGAGAUAGUCACGGAUACUACGAACGUAUACAAGAGUAUGCAGAAUGCAAAUGGUAUUACCAGCAAUCUGCCUGCAAUCGUGCCGACUAACGGGUAUCAGAGUAUAUCCAAAAAGGAUCAGACUAUUUUAUACUGAUCGUUCACAACGGAAAAGAACCUUCCUUUUAACUUCAAAUAUUUCCAAACUAUAAUAUAAUAUUAGAAGAAAAGUUAUUUGUUAAGCAAUAUAGUAUGUUUUACUAAUAUUAGCAUCUUAAGUGCAAUAAUCGAAUGUGGAUUAUAUAAGACAUGAUAUAUUUAAUGUUAAUUAAAUU